ACGUUCCUGCCCUGCCUGCAGACACUUCUCGAGGCGAGCGCACCACACAGCUGGAUUUGGAUACCCAACAGGAGGGAGAACUUUGAUAGGAGGCGGAUGUGUUUCUCUACGCGUAUCGGCGGGAGGGUUGGAGGUGAGGGGGUUCGGAGUUGGGGUGGGUAGACCUGGGAUGGUGUAUGUGAGUUUGAACGCGUGGGGAUGGGACGGUCCGUGGAAGGAUCGGCGAGGGUUUGACUCUCUUACGAAGAAGGCUGCCUUUGGAGAAUCGGGACCACGUCCCCUCCCGAUGCAAGCACUCGACCAUGUCGCGGGGUAUCUUUUGGCUUUUGGGAUCAACGCUGCGUUGUGCAAGACUGUCACGGAGGGUGGAUCAUGGGAGGUGCGCGUCUCUCUAGCGGCUGUAGGACGACGGAUUCGGUCUCUGGGCAGGAUGUCGCACGUCGAAGAGUUGUUGGUUGAUUGGGAGGGAGAGAGGAAAAUGAGGGCGCUUAGACAUGCAGCGAUCAUGUCUGUGACGCUGGUUAAGGUGGGAAAUGCACCCGUGGGCCUUGAUAUACAAGCGCCAGAGUGGUUGCCGAUAUGAUGGUUUACUUAUGGCAUAUACCAUCAUAGACAGGCAAUCAAUUCA